UCGGGGCGGCCGGGAGGGGGUGCGCGCCUCAGCCGCCCCGCGCCGCCCUGCCGCGCGGGGCCCGAUCGUCGCCGCCCGACGCCUGUCACCGCCGACCCACCCUCGCCGGCGACGCUCGCGCGGGCUGUGCUGCGCGUCGCGAGGCUGGGGCUCCGCCGCCGCCGCCGCCGCCGCCGCCCCGGCCCGCGGCGUCUCUUUGUCCGGGCGACGCGGCCGCCGAGCGGCUGAGGCGGCGGCCGAGCCAGGUGGCGUGGGGGGCGUCGUGUCCGCGGCGCGCGGCGCGGGGUCUCGGCGGCUCGCGGCUGCCUCGGAGCCCGGCGGCGGCCUGGGCGGCGGCGGCGCUGCGAGCAUGUCUGAUACCUGCCUGUCCUCUAUUCUCCUGAGGGUGGGAAUUCUCCUCAGCUUCUCAUUAUGAUAUGCUUCAUAACAGUCACGGUGGAGACAGCUAUUGAAGACAAAUCCCCACUUAAUCUAUUUCUGAGAGGUCUCAUGGAUUAACUGACUCAUUCUGUAGGAACCUAACGGAUAACUUAUCCUGCUGUUAUGUCAAGACAAUGCAUAGAUUGAAGAUCAUUUUGGGAAUGAUGACCUCACUAUUACCAUGUGACAUUGUUAGGAGGCAAAAGGCAGCUUGAGAAUUUCUUUUGGAGCACAUUUCAGCUUGAAGGAAGCCCCUUCCUGUCUGAUAAAACUUCAGAGCACACAGCCCCCACUGAAGGGUGAACAAUGAGCAUCCCAGCAGCUCCCAAGAAGUGUUACACUCAGUUGCGGGACAACAGAAAUGGAGCAAAAAAUAAUAAUGAGAGCCUCCUAAACCUGGGAGACACAAAUGCCAAUGAGAUCAUGUUUGAGGUUGCUUCCUCUCAUGAUAAAUCUGAGAAAGGCAACUUGACUGAUGAGAUUGGAAACGCAAAUUCAGCUGAACCAGAAAGCAGUACCCUUUUCAACAAGGAAUUUCACCAACUUCAGGGCUUUGGGAAAGGAUCUCUGGCUGGCCCCACUGGCCUGAAAGAUCCUAAAUUUGUACCACCUGCUCAAGAACACAAUGAAAAGCACACGAUUGAGAGAGGCACAAAUAUCCUGCACCCCCCUCAGAGUAGUCAGGGACUGAAUCUAGCAAGUUGUAGGAAUCUUAUGGGGGAGGCAACUCCAGAGGUUUUGGCCAAGAGGGAUGCGGAUCUUCCCUGGCAUGUUCCCAAGGACAAGCUGGCCAAGACCCUGGACAAUGAGGAACUGAGAAGACAUUCUUUGGAAAGAGCAAGCAGCUCUGCUGUUGCUGGGGACACGCUUGUGAGGGAGCGUGUUGGGAACCUGAGCCACCAGCUUCCUCCGCCCGCACCCCUAGAGUCUCCUCAACCUAUCCGUCCUGUGCCCAGUAGUAGAGAGGGGCCCCAGAAGACAUGGCCAGCUCGUUCUCUUGGGGCAGCAUUGCCAAUAGCUGAGAGUACCUCUGAGGGAAAGAGUCCAUGUCAACCUAAAGCACCUACCUCAGAAGCCAAGGAGACCAGCACCUUAGAGGUGCAGAUGGAAGGGGGAUGUGUCCCAAAGGUUGGUAGUGAGAGCACACCAGGCUCUGCCCAUCCAGAGCCAGCUCUGAAUUCAGUUUGGGCCUUGAAGGAAAGCCCAAGUCAACCAGAAGCACAAUCAGAACUGGGAAAGGCAGAGCCCACACUGGAGCGGAAAUGGCUCCCAUCCAGGACCAUGAAGGGACUGAGGCCAGGCCAGACAGAGAAUUUGGAAUGCCUUGAGGAGGGUGUAUUGUCUCUUGAGAGAAAGGCAGCAAAUGGGGCCGCAUACCAUGAAGCCACAGCUCGGGGGAUGCUGAGUGCUCCCUCACAUACUGGGCUCCCCCACCUUGGAACAGGGAAAGGAAGAAGUGAACUGGGAAAGAGAGCGGCCCAGGGCGCUGGUGAGGAAGAGACUCUGGAAACUAGUCCCAAACGGAGUCUUGCUUCUGUGGUUGCUGCUACCGAUCAGCACAUAGGCCGAAUCCCACCAAGCACAGCUAGGAAAUGGGGUGAAAUGGAACCCAGCAGCAUGGCCCCAAGUGAUGUUCCUGCAGCUUCUCUUCCUACCAAUCUAGUAAAUGGCAGAUGCCUGGAUAUUGGUGAGGAGAGAAGGACCGAGAACAGGGCUCCAGUUUCCACGUCAGAUCCUUCUCUUGGAGCAGUCAAAACUGGGGUUCCAGAGCCCCUUGUUUCUCAGAGUAGCAGUAGAGAAGCAGAGGAGAACAAAGAGAUGACUUCAUCAGUUGCUCAAUAUGGAAGGCUUCUAGAAACUGCUGCUAAGACUGAAAGCACCCCAGGAAGGGCAGAUCCUCUUGUUGUCCCAGCACCCCUGCACACAGAGUCAACUGUGAAUGUAACACCCCAGCCGGCACUAGCCAGCAGCAUUUCUCAGAACUUGAGUGUAUUGGAUGUGGAUACGGGAUCAUCAGCGGUUGCCACACUUCCCGCUGACUCUGCACAAUUGUUGAAUACAUCCCUGAAAGUGCCUGAGAAGAACGCCCACUCCAGUGAGUUCCCCAAGCCUGUCUCCGCACAUCCUGAGAACAAACCUUCCUUCCUUGAGGGUAUGGAAAAUCAUCUGGCUGAAAAGACAGAAGAAGAAAGGACAGACCCCAAGCCCAUCAUUAUGCCAAAGCCCAAGCAGGUGAGACCCAAGAUCAUCACCUACAUCAGAAGGAAUCCUCAGGCCCUGGGCCAGGCAGACACUUCCGUUGGACUCAUUCCAGUGGGCCUUCCUUAUGACCCAGCUACAUGUAGCAUGCCUCUCCCCAAGGAAGAGAAGCCUGCAGAGGGUGAUCUGAAGCCACCUGCCAGCCUCUAUGAGAAAUUCAAGCCAGACUUGCAGAAGCCCAGGGUGUUCGGUUCUGGAUUGAUGGUGUCUGGAAUCAAGCCCCCAGGACACCAUCUCAGUCAAAUGAGCGAAAAGUUCUUGCAGGAGGUUACAGAACGCCCUGGAAAGGAAGAAUAUUGCUCUCCUGCCUAUACGCAUUAUGAAGUUCCCCCAACUUUCUACCGAUCGGCCAUGCUCCUUAAGCCUCAACUGGGAUUGGGUGCCAUGUCCCGUUUACCAUCUGCCAAGAGCAGGAUUUUGAUAGCAAGUCAAAGAUCUUCAGCCAGUGCCAUCCACCCACCAGGACCCAUAACAGCUGCGGCCACUCUCUACAAUUCCGAUCCAACAGCAGACUUAAAGAAGGCUUCCUGUUCAAAUGCUGCAAAAGCCAACCUACCAAAAUCGGGACUUCGUCCUCCUGGAUACUCGAGGCUCCCAGCAGCCAAGCUGGCAGCAUUUGGGUUCGUCCGGAGCUCCAGCGUGUCCUCUGUGUCCAGCACUCAGUCGUCAGACAGCCUGCAGCCGGAGCAGAGCAGGAUGAACCGUUCAACCCCUGGGAAUGAAGACCAGCCUUCCGUGAAGGCAUCUCUGCCUUCCAAAGAUGCACCCAAGGGGUCCAGUCGAAUGACCCCUCCAGCGUCCUCCAGCGUGACAACACCCCGCAGGAGUCUGCUUCCAGCUCCAAAGUCCAUGUCCACACCUGCUGGAACCAAGAAAGAAGUACAGAAAGAUCAAGAUACUAAUAAAGCUGCUACUUCCUCCCCUAAGAGAAUAUCGACUGCAGCCAGCAAGCUUCAUUCACCAGGCUAUCCCAAGCAGAGGACCACGGCUCCCCGGAACGGGUUUUCCCCCAAGCCGGAUCUGCAGGCACGUGAAGCCGAGCGGCAGCUGGUGCAGCGGCUGAAGGAGCGCUGUGAGCUACAGGCCCGACAGCUGGGCCUGGUCCAGGGGGAGCUGAGGAAGGCCAUCCGCAGCUUCGAGGCGCUCGCUGUCACCACCCAACACUUCUUCGGGAAGAAUGAAAGUGCCGUUGUGAAGGGGAAAGAGCUGUCAGUGGAACUUGCAAACAUCAGGGAUGAAGUUGCCUUCAGCACAGCCAAGUGUGAGAAGCUGCAGAAGGAGAAGGAGGAGCUGGAGCUGCGGUUCGAGGAGGAGGUGAGGCGGCUGGGCUGGCAGCAGCAGACUGAGCUGCAGGAGCUGGAGGAGCGGCUGCAGCUGCAGUUCCAGGCCGAGCUGGCGCGCCUGGGGGAGGAGCACGGCGCGCAGCUGCUGCGGAUCCGUGGGCAGCACCAGCGGCAGGUGGAAGACAUCAGCGGCAGCCACGAGGCUGCACUCCUGGAGAUGGAAAAUAACCACACGGUUGCCAUUGCCAUCCUGCAGGACGACCAUGACCACAAAGUCCAAGAGCUGAUGUCUACCCACGAGCUUGAAAAGAAAGAACUGGAAGAAAGUUUUGAAAAGCUGCGGUUGUCCUUACAGGACCAGGUGGACACGCUGACCUUCCAGAGCGAGUGUCUGCGGGACCGAGCCAGGCGCUUCGAGGAGGCUCUGCGGAAGAACACGGAGGAGCAGCUGGAGAUUGCACUGGCGCCCUACCAGCACUUGGAAGAAGACAUGAAGAGUCUGAAGCAGGUGCUAGAGAUGAAGAAUCAACAAAUACACCAGCAGGAAAAGCGUAUCAUCGAGCUGGAAAAGCUGGCUGAGAAGAAUGUUAUCCUGGAGGAAAAGAUCCAAGUUCUGCAGCAGCAGAAUGAAGACCUCAAAGCAAGGAUUGACCAGAACACUGUUGUUACCAGACAACUCUCGGAGGAGAAUGCUAACCUCCAGGAAUACGUGGAGAAAGAAACCCAGGAGAAGAAGAGACUGAGCCGGACCAACGAAGAGCUGCUUUGGAAACUCCAAACUGGAGACCCCACCAGUCCCAUUAAACUGUCCCCCACGUCCCCAGUUUACCGGGGCUCCUCCUCGGGGCCCUCGUCUCCAGCCAGAGUCAGCAUGACGCCCAGAUGAUGCCCCUAGGGAGCCGCGACCCCCGCUGCCCGGUCCAGCGGUCACUGUCGGGCUGGGGGAAAGUGACGGGGCGGGGCGGGCCGGCCUGCGCAUGCUCAGUAGCUGCAGAGCCGCCUCCGAGCGGAGCCCCCCCUGACCCGGUGCUCCACUGUCCCGGUGUUGGCGCCUAGGAGAAGGGAACCAGUAGUGUCUAAUGUGCAAACGCUUGACCUUAGAUAGAGUCAAAAGAACGGAAACCCCCACUUGUUUUUGAGCAAUGAACUUUCACUGCAGAAUUUCAGGUGAGCUACGAAUAGCUCAAUUUUGAGUCUACAUUGAAUAAUUAUUGUGUACUGCACCGCUGUGUUUUAUCGUUCGAUAGACGCACGCGGCCGAUCGGAAUUGCAUUUUUUUAUACCACAAAGUGCUGACAUAUUUUGGUGAAGGUCAGCAUUUUUUUUCUAACUUGUGCCUAAGAAUUAUUGGGAAAUGAAAAUGCAUUUCUAUCUAGCUUCCCAGGAAUAUUUCUACCCAAAAUAGAAAAAAAAAGUUUAAAAAAAUUUAAAAAAAAAAAAGAA